CGGCGGCGGCGGCAGCGCAGGAGCCACGUCACUCCCCGAGCAGACGGAGCGCGAAGGAGACAACAUGAACGUUUUCAGGCUAGCCGGGGAUAUUUCCCACUUAUUGGCCAUUAUCAUCUUGCUGCUGAAGAUCUGGACCAGUCGAUCAUGCGCAGGUAUAUCUGGCAAAUCACAACUGCUCUUCACUCUGACUUAUACUACACGCUACUUGGAUCUGUUUACCAAUUACAUCUCGCUCUAUAAUUCGUCCAUGAAGGUAAUCUUCUUGGCCACCUCAUAUGCGACACUGUAUCUGAUGUACGUACGCUUCAAGGCCACCUAUGACCACAACCAUGAUACGUUCCGCAUUGAGUUCCUGCUCGUUCCCACAGUAAUCCUGUCUCUCCUCAUCAAUCAUGAUUAUGCUCCUCUUGAGGUCCUGUGGACUUUCAGCAUCUACCUUGAGACUGUAGCUAUCCUUCCUCAGUUGUUCAUGGUGUCGAAGACUGGUGAAGCUGAGAGCAUCACCUCCCAUUACCUAUUUGCAUUGGGCUCAUACCGUGCUCUGUACAUCUUCAACUGGGUAUACCGUUAUUAUGCGGAAGGAUUCUACGACUUGAUUGCCAUUGUUGCUGGUGUUGUGCAGACAGUCCUCUACUGUGAUUUCUUCUACCUUUACAUUACAAAAGUGUUACAGGGAAAGAAGCUCCAGCUGCCAGCCUAAAGGCAGGGGUCUGGAAAGUGGUGCUGCCUGUCACACGAGUGGAGGGCCAGCACUUCCCACUGCAACACUUAGAGCCGACUGGCUUCCCCAUCUCUUUGAUACCUUCUGCAGAGAGUUUAUCAAUACAACUUCUAAGGACAAUUUUGCAUGUAUACUUUCAUUGUGUCUCGAAACUGAAUAGAACAAAGGGGUAUAACAUCCUAACUGCUUUGUGAAAGGCUUGUGUUUAACCUAUCCCUAAAAAAAGCAAUGCCCAUAGAAUCAGUCUGGAACACCUCCAGAAAGCUGUGAAUUGUAUGUGGUGGGGUGUGCACCUUAGGAACUUUGCUUGAUACAUUUUAUUGGAGGACAGAAAAAAUGAGUAAUAUUGGUCGAUGCUUAACUUCAUGUACAGUAGUGCCUUUUGGCAUUCUAAGACUAGUUAGGAGACUAGCAGUAAACUAUUGCAGGCGAGAAGAGAAUUGAAAAAUAGGUAAAUUUACAUUUUGUUUACACCCAUUUACUUGAAGCCUGAUUGGGAAUAUUUAUGUAACAUUCCAGUGGUUUCAUCCUUUGUAAAAGCACAAGUAUAAAGUAUUUGUAUAUAAAAUUCCUGUCAAUAUUUAUGCAGAUUGAUGAAGUAUUUAACGACGACAGUGGCGAGCAACAUUGUGAUUUGGCAAAAUAUGUAUUGAGAGUUCAACCCAGGUGGAACUACUCUCCAUAAGUGAUAUUGGAAUAGUGUAGAUGAGCAGUUCGCACAAGGGUAUAAGAUGACCAGAACGAGACAUGAAUUUUUAUACAUUGUGAAUAUCAGCUGCAUGUUUUUGGUAAUAUAGUAAUUCAGUAAAAAGGAACAUUGAAUAUUUCUUGACUUUAUGCAAUUAGAACCAUAUAAAAUCUAAGUUUUGUACAGGGGGCAUAAGAUUUUUCUGUGACAAAUAUCAUGUCAAGUGUUCGUGCAAGGAGAUGUAGUAAUAUAAAUAACAAUUUUGAGUGCUUUUUCUUUCCUUCAGAUGUAUGGAAGCAAGUUGUGGUUUUAUUUUCGUAUAAUUUCAUCUUUUGUAUUGAAUGAGUGUCUUGUGUGGCAUUAUAGGAAUACAAAUGUGGCAAAAUGUGUGACUUGAGCUUGUGAGCCUUCAAUCCUAUGUGCAUAAGGUUGUCAUAAAUUGUUUUGGCUCUAUUCAUCCUUGCACAUGAAUUUACACAUGCUGUCACAGACUAUUUAUUUUUUCUUGUGUAAACGGCCUGAUAUUUCUAAGGACCUAGAUAUUUAGAUUUUAUUUUCAGCUCUAUAAUGAUAGGCUUCCAAAAUGCACCUUUUGUUUAUGAUAAAUAUCUUUUAUUAAGUUGUCUGUUACUUUUUAUUGAAAUGAACUGAAAAACGUUAAAAUACAAUAA